AUGACUGGAGGGCAUGUUGUUGGACUUCCGGCCGGCGAACUCAGUCUUGCUGGAAAAAUUCAAAUCGAAGCAUUUGAUAUGCAAACUGAAGGUAAUAUCAUCACGUUAGAACAAGUUGAUGUUAAGUUCAACCAUGUUGCACAAAAUCGAGUUGGAGAGCUCAAAAGGGCUGGGCGUGUUUAUGGGAUAUGUUAG